CUUACAACAGUUGAGAACUUCCUUCUGAUGACUCUGGAACUGGAAACCUGUAUCCUGCCCAGCCAUAUGGCCUGCUGCCGCUGCCAAUUUAAAAAUAACAUUGAAGUUGUCUGCAAGACAGUCAAGCUGCAUUGUGAGAGUACUUGUCUGACAAAUGCUACACAUUGUCCUCAGGAAGCAUCUAUAGGCGAUGGAGAGGGAACCUUCAUGAACGUACGACAAGCCCAGAAGAAGCAAAUCAGCACUGAGCUGAUUAUUGAGCCAGAGAUGCCGUCAGACAAGAGGAGCUUCAGCCUGUCAGUCUUCAUGAAUGAGCAGCUGGACUUCCAUGAGGAAAGCAAUGUCAUCACCACACUCAAUUAUAUCUUGCCUUGUUUCUCACAAGGAAACCUGGAGGAUGUGUAGUCAACAUUGCUGAGAAACUGCUUUUUUCAAAUGUUCAGAAUGGAGUUAGGGAUCUAUGAUGCCAAUAUGAGAGUUAAAAUCAUGAAGGUGGCCAAUCCUGUUUUACGUGCCAGGAAAAAUAUCACGCUCAUUAAACUCACGUCCAGGUUAUCCACAGAGCACCCAAGGCCAAGGAGAGUUGGAUUUCAGAAGGAAGGUCCACUCGGUGGACUGAUGCUUGCCAAGACCCCAUUCCCUGCAGUCAGAAACCUCAUCAACUCACCCUUGCAGGGGGCUUUUUCAUCUUCAGCAGACCUGAGCCCUCAGGAAAACCCUUGUUCAGAAUUAUUUGCUCUUUCAGAACCAACUCCAGGAAAUAUUACAGAAAGCUCCACAACAGGAACUACUUCUCAAGAAAACAUGUUUGUGAAAACCCCAUUGCUCCGGGAGGCACUAUCUCUGAAGACCCCAUGA